AUGGCUGAUUCAACACCUCUUCUCUCCGAACUCAACUUGGCCGACUCAGAACCCCCGGUACUGCACACACACCUUCCCUCCCUCGACUCCACGAUUGAACGGUGCAUCGGAGAUUUCGGGUGGGCCCAAUUCCUCCAAGCCAUCCUUGUAUCAUUUUCAUGGUUCUUUGAUGCCCAACAAACCUUCAUCACCGUCUUCACAGACGCGGAGCCAACAUGGCACUGCACCCAGCUCACUGACCGCCACAGCUCAUGCAAUUCAGCCUCCAACAUUUGCCAACUUCCCCAAAAUUUAUGGGCCUGGGACAGGCCGAAAUACACCUCCACCGUCUCUGAAUGGGCCCUUGAGUGCUCGUCAUCCCUCGUGACUGGCCUGCCUGCCUCCGCCUUUUUUAUGGGCUGUUUAAUUGGCGGACUGGCCUUGGCCACACUUGCUGAUACGUCAUUGGGACGCAAAAACAUGUUGUUUCUCUCAUGUCUCAUGAUGUCUUUGUCCACCUUCCUCACCGCCUUUUCUACCAACAUAUGGAUGUAUUCCGCCCUCCGAUUCAUCACCGGAUUUGGCCGCGCCACCAUUGGCACCUCCGCUCUUGUCUUAUCAACGGAGCUUGUUGGGAGGCGGUGGCGCGGCCAAGUUGGUGUUAUCGGAUUCUUCUGCUUCACCCUAGGGUUUCUAUCCCUACCCGCAAUAGCAUAUAGUCAAAGAGCUCAUUCAUGGAGAAGCCUCUAUAUUUGGACUUCUAUUCCCACGUUUUUGUAUUCUAUUACGGUUCAUUUCUUGGUUCGUGAGUCACCAAGAUGGCUCUUUGUUAGAGGUCGCAAAGAAGACGCAAUUGCAACCCUAAAAUGCAUUGCACCCAUUGAUAGUGCUACUACUAAAACACCAUUUACCUCAAGCUUUAUUUCGAGCUUGUCCUUAGAGCAAGAAACAUGGAACGUUGAUCUCUACUCGUCGAUCAGUGUUCUGGUAGAGAGAAGAUGGGCUUUUCGGAGAUUGUCCGCGGUUAUGGCAAUAGGGUUUGGCACCGGAAUGGUGUAUUAUGGCAUGCCCUUAGCCUUGGGAAGCCUGAACUUCAAUCUCUACCUGAGUGUCACAUUCAAUGCCUUGUCUGAGCUACCAGCUUCAUUAAUCGCAUUCUUCUUCAUCGACCAAAUGAACAGGGAAAACGUCACUCCUUGUUUUCACCAGCCUUUCGCCUGCUCAGCGUUCAAUGUCUUGCUUAUAUUUAUGAUUGAGCUAUUUCCCACGUGCGUGAGAAACUCGGCUCUGUCGAUGGUGAGGCAAGCGGUGGUGUUGGGUGGUGUGUUUAGUCCGAUGCUGGCGGCCGCUGGGAGAGCCAAUGGCGGGUUUUUGUCGUAUGGAGUGUUUGGGGUUGUGGUUGGGGUUUGUGGGUUGUUUGCUUUAUGUUUGCCAGAGACAAGAGGCUGUGGGAUUUGUGAUACGAUGGAUGAACAAGAGUACAAAGACACAGCUGCUUGUAACGCGGUUGGUCGUGUCUAG